UUCGAUUUCUUUUCUCUUUCUCGAUUUCGAGAUCUGUCGUGAAGACGUGAAGUCGCUGUGCUCCCGCCAUUGUUAAAUCCCAGAUCGAUCUUGUGCUCGCCUGCCAGACGGACCUCCCCUCGAUUUCUUCUCUUGUUUUGCUGCAUCUAGUGAUCAGACAAUGGCCGGAUUGGCACCCGAAGGAUCACAGUUUGAUGCUCGUCAAUAUGAUGCAAAAAUGAGUGAGCUGCUCAAUGCUGAUGGGCAGGAGUUCUUCACAUCAUAUGAUGAGGUUUAUGAAAGCUUCGAUGAUAUGGGACUUCAGGAGAAUCUUCUUAGAGGCAUAUAUGCCUACGGUUUUGAAAAGCCCUCUGCAAUUCAGCAAAGAGGAAUUGUUCCCUUUUGCAAGGGAUUGGAUGUUAUCCAGCAAGCACAAUCAGGAACAGGGAAAACUGCAACCUUCUGUUCUGGAAUUUUACAGCAGCUUGACUAUGGACUGGUUCAAUGCCAAGCCUUGGUUCUUGCUCCAACUAGGGAAUUGGCUCAACAAAUUGAAAAGGUCAUGCGAGCACUUGGUGAUUAUCUAGGUGUCAAAGUUCAUGCUUGUGUUGGAGGAACAAGUGUUCGUGAGGAUCAGCGUAUUCUCUCAAGUGGGGUCCAUGUUGUGGUUGGUACUCCAGGUCGUGUCUUUGAUAUGUUGAGGCGGCAGUCUCUUCGCCCAGAUUAUAUCAAAAUGUUCGUCUUGGAUGAGGCUGAUGAAAUGCUUUCACGGGGCUUCAAGGAUCAGAUAUACGAUAUCUUCCAGCUACUUCCCUCGAAAAUCCAGGUUGGGGUCUUUUCAGCCACAAUGCCACCUGAGGCCCUUGAAAUUACUAGGAAGUUCAUGAAUCAACCUGUCAGAAUUCUUGUGAAGCGGGAUGAACUUACCCUGGAGGGUAUUAAGCAGUUCUAUGUGAAUGUUGAGAAGGAAGAUUGGAAACUCGAUACCCUUUGUGACCUUUAUGAGACAUUGGCCAUCACUCAGAGUGUCAUCUUUGUUAACACUCGACGCAAGGUGGACUGGCUGACCGACAAGAUGAGGAGCAGGGAUCAUACUGUCUCGGCCACUCAUGGUGACAUGGACCAAAACACAAGGGACAUUAUCAUGCGUGAAUUCCGUUCCGGUUCAUCUAGAGUACUCAUCACAACCGACCUUCUUGCCCGUGGUAUUGAUGUCCAGCAAGUCUCACUGGUCAUAAACUAUGACCUACCGACUCAGCCAGAGAACUAUCUCCACAGAAUUGGGCGAAGUGGACGGUUUGGAAGAAAGGGUGUUGCCAUAAACUUUGUUACCCUUGACGAUGAGAGGAUGCUGUUUGAUAUCCAGAAGUUCUAUAACGUGGUGAUUGAGGAGCUGCCUUCCAAUGUUGCUGACCUGAUCUGAUCUAAGGAAUUCCCAUUCGUCGAGAGGAUGUUGUUUGACAUGCAGAAGUUCCAAACGUUGCUGAUCUGAUCUGCUGCCUGUGUUAUUUGGUAUCAUUUAUGCACUUGUAUGUCUGUUUCCCUUCUAGUCUUUGUUAAAGUUUUUUUCCUUCUUUUUUGCCCUUUUCUCAGCGGUAAGAGUUUUUGUUGUAAUUUUGAAUAACUUAUAUAUCGACAUAUUUAAUUCUGGGUUGAAUAGUGAAA